AUGGAGAUCGCCAAAGUGCUCGUCCGCACCGUCACCCGCAUCUUCUACGACACCGAGCAGAUCAUCGUCAUUGACGCUCUGGUCAACCAUGGCGCCAUCUCCGCCGCCGACUUGUCGCUCGUCAUGGACGAGGGCAAGAACCAUAAGAAGGUCCAGAAGUACGCUGCUAAGCUGAGGGAGGGCGGUCUUGUUUCAGUUUACGUCCGUUCCGAGACACGCGAAGGCGCCCAGAAGCCGACGAACAAAGAAUACUACUACAUCGACUACCGCCGCGCCGUCGACUGCGUCAAGUACCGAAUUCACAUGCUGGAUGAGAAGAUCAAGGCCAUAUCGAAGCCCACCCAGGAGAAGAAAGACUACCUCUGCCCGCGUUGCAAUUCGCAAUGGACGACCAUGGAGGCUUUGGACCACGUCGACAUGCGCCGCGGUGGCUUUCUGUGCAAGCGCUGCGACUUUCCCCUAAAGUCGCGCAACACGGAAGAAGACGCCGAACCCGAGGCCGAUGACACCCCCGCCAAGUUCAACAAGCAGUUCAAGCCCUUGCUGGACAUUUUGCAGCAGAUUGACAUGACGACUGUGCCCGCUGUCACUGGCGAGGAAGCCGUCGCCAACGCGAAGCCCGUGCCACGCGACGAAUACAUCAACCCGGCGCAGAAGACUGAGGUCAUGGUCGACGAGAAGCUCCGCCCGACCGCUGUCAAGGGUCUCACAACCGGACCGGAGAAGGUGGAGAUCACCAUCUCCACCGAGGAGGAGAACACGGCCGCAGAGCAGGCAAGAGUCGCGGCCCACAAGGCCAAGAUCGCGGCAUCGAACGAGCUCCCUGUGUGGGCCACUCAUUCGACCGUUGGUGGUGAGGCAAGCGGGGCUAAGGCAAACGGAGAUGCUGGAGCCCUGGCUGAUUCGGGCAAUGGGCUUGAGCCAGCGGAGGAAAAGUCGGGCAACUCGGCCGAGAUCGAUGCCUACUUCAUUGCACUGCAAGAGGAGAAGGACAGACUGCAUGAGGAGCAGGGCAGAAAGGCACUGGAGGACGCACGGGAUGAAGAGGAAGAGGAGGACGAGGACGACGAGUUUGAGGACGUCAUGGGCACACCUACGGCCACCACCAGCGGUGAUGGGGCUCCAGAGGCGAAGCGGGUGAAAGUGGAUGAAUCAGCAGCUCCUACGCCUCCCAUAUCGUCUGUUCCGGCAGCGUCCUCUGCUCAGCCCUCUGCAGGCGAGGAGUCGGAUGCAGACGAGUUUGAAGACGCUCUGUAA